UAUAUAUAUGUCUAAGUGUAAAAUUUAAUUUUUUUUGUUGCUGAAAAUUACGUUUUUUUUUAUUCUCGCGAGAGCGCAGGUAUUCGAAGCGCAGUUAUAAAUGGAAUUGAACGUUUGCCGUGAGCGAGUGAAGAGAACGAACACAAGCGCACCAGCACCAGCAGCAGCAGCAGCAAAUUCUCCAACACGAAUCUAGAGGAAAAGCGGCCGCAGCCGCCGCCGCCAAUAGGUCGCAACGCGGCUUUUUCUUUGUAGGGUCCUCCCCCUCGCUCUCGCAGGGCCACCAAACUAGUGCACUAUGUGCGAGGUUUGCACUGAUUUCCAGAGCCUCCUGGAGCUGUAUGAGGCGCGCGUGGCCAGCUCGGAGCUGAAAUUCCAGCUGCUGUUGAAGAGCGAGAUCGAGACCACAUUCAACUAUAUCCAGUCAUGGCCCCAGCGGCAGUGCAUGUGCCUGUACAGGGACAACAAGAACUACGACCGCUUCAAUCUGGUGGUGCAGUCCCUCAUUUGCCUGACGGUGCAGCAUCUCAAGCACAUCGAUCACCUGAUCGAGAACUACAAACGUCUCACGGCCAGUGCCGCUCAGGUGGUGGCCCAGGCCCAGCAGCAGCAACAACAACAGCAGCAGCGGGACUCUAGCAAUGAGUCGGAGUCGCUGUCGACAGAGAGCGAGAACAAGCAGCCCAAGGAGUCUAGCCCAACUGGGGAGAACAGAAAGGAGUCCGGUGCCGACGAAAUCCAAGCCUCUGGCGAUGGUCCGCCCAAGAGGAGCGGCCCCAGCACACCGCCACCGCCGCCGCCCAGUGUGAAGACGCACAUUCAGUACACGGAGGAGCCGUGGAUAUUGCCGGAGGUCGAGAAACUGCUGGUGCUCGUAUCCAAGGUGUUUCUGCUCAACUUUCCCCUGUACAUGGCCCACAAGCAUGGGAUGCACUCGCGCUUGGACGACCUCCAGGCGGAGGAGGCCCACCAUUUGGCCCUAAUCUGUGAUCUACACGAUAAUGAACUUCCCAUCUACCUGCUGCGAAAUGUGAGCCUAUUCUGUAACUCGGGCGGCUUUGGGGCCAUGUCGCUCUGCUUCGAGCAUCCCGACCUGCCCGUGUCGACGGCCCACUCUAUGACCGCCGCUGUGUCGAAUGUGAAGCUCUGGCUCAACUAUCACUGCAACACGCAGCUGUUUGUGCCGCUGCGCAGCCGCAUACUGCAGUUCAUGUGCAAGCUGUCUGAUCAGAAUCUUCGCUCAGCUGCCACCCGUGCCAUGGCGGACUUUGUGUGGUCCUCGCUGCGCGAUCCCCUCGAUGUGGCCGUCAACUUUGACACCGAGGGCCUGGCCCUGGCCUUCAAGUACUUCACAUCCACCACAUUGACGAUGCGUCUGGCAGGCAUGUCCCAGAUCAAUUCGCACAUAAACCUCUUUAAUGAGAUCUGCACCACGGAGACGGUCAACGAGGUGGAGCUCUUUGGCCAGCGCAUCGCCAACUGGCUAACGGAGAACCACAUUGUGCAGCAUCUGUUCGGGCCCAAUCUGCACGUUGAGAUCGUCAAACAGGCCCACAUUCUGCUCAACUUUCUGGCUGUCGAGAAUCAAAUCUCUGAGGACGACAUCAAGCUCAUCUGGCAGGCAACCCAACUAAAGCACUGCUCGAAGACCAUCUUCGAUAUACUGCCGUCGCUGGUGAAGAAUCUGGCCCCCCGUCCGGCCAUGCACUUGUACUCGCUCCUCUGCCGCAUGGACCCCAAGGAUCACACCGAGCAGAGCAUUUACAUUGCCUCGGCCCUGACCAAACUGCUGUGGACACGCGACUGUUCGCGCAGCCAAAUGAAUCUGAUGCAGGACCAUCUGAUGGGCGCCAAUGUCACUGCCUCCAGUUCGGACAGCGGCAGCAUUGAGGGCAGCAACACUGAGGACGAUCAUGUGGGUGCCGAUGACAGCAGCGUGGCCAGCGGAGGCGGUGGCGGCGUUGCUGUCCCUGUCUGCCAAAAAAGUCCCAUCGAUGGUGUCCCGCCCUGUAAGCAGGCCCGCCAUCGGCGCCACAUCUGCGAUCCCACCACCGAAAAGGGCAAGCAACUCGGCCCCGAAGGCAAAGUGGAGAUGGUCCGAAACAAUCGCAUUGUGAACAUCAUCGACAACACCAGCAGUGAAGAGGAGCUUCAAUCGCGAGCCGCUUUGGAGCUGCAGCUGCAUCGCAACCGGAAAAAAACGAGCAAUAAGCGGCGACGCCAGAAGGCGGCCAACAAGCAGCUGAUGCUGCCCCACGAUCUGGUGGAGAUCUGGGACGGACCCGAGGAUGUGCCCAGCAGCGAUGAUGGGGACGCCGACGGAGACGGCGAACUGCUGGCCGAUAGCGACGACUGCAGCGAUGGAACGGCCAGCCAGCUGGUGACCUCGGACGUGCUGAAGCAUCUCCAGGGCGAGGGCCCCUACAUCCGGGCCAUUGCCGAGACGAACAUCAGCGAACUUCUGAGCGGGGGCGAGCACGAUGGCAGCUACUCCUCGCCGAUGAGUAACAAGUCGGAGAAGAAUCUGGCGGACUUUGACGACGAGGAUGUGUCUCCCUGCGAGGAGGAGCUGGCCCAGCUAGUCAACUCCCAUGCCGGACGUGUGGCAGUGGCUGGUGGGCAAUGCCGGGAUGUGCCGCCAGCCUUUGCGGCUGCCGCCGCCGCGAUGAUGGUGGCCCAGUCGGCUAUGGCCAUGCAAAAGUCGGGAGAGACAAAUGUGGCCGCCGCUGUGGCAGCCGUAGCCGCUGCGGCCGUUGCCACCGAAAAUGCCCAGCAAUCGCUGGUGGCCACCAUGCGGCAGGCGAAUGCCAAUGCUGCGGCCGCCAAAUCCAAAUCGGACUCGGAUGGGGAUCUGCUGGAGGUCAAGCAGCAGCAGCAACACAAUUCCCCCAAAGGGGGAAGCAUCACACCCUGCUCCGUACAGCCCUCGUUCAAGCUGAACGAUGUCUGCCUGCCGGGCAAUACGCUGCUGUGGGAUCUGCUGCAGGAUGAAAAGAUUGGUCAACUUGGUGAAUCUCUGGCCCUGGAGGCGGAGAAGGCGCUGGCCACGCUUCUCUGCUUCAGCAUGGACCGCCAGCUGCGUACAAAGUUCAUCGAGGGUUGCCUCUUCAAUGUGGCCAACAACCGGAGCGUGAUCGUGAGCCUGCGCCUGCUGCCGAAGCUGUUUGCCUCGUUCCAGCAGUUCCGCCCCUCGGACACGCACUCGAUGACGAUGUGGGCGGAGCGCAAUCACCGGAUGAUGCAGUGCUUCUUCCAGAACAUCCGCUACUAUGCGCGACGGCAUGCCGAGCUGCUGGUCAACCAGAAUGGGGAGCAGCAGCAGCAGCAGCUCGGUGGACAGCUGUACUCGCACAAAACCCAGGUGUCGGUGAGGCUGCAGUUCCUCUCCUCGAUCUUCUCGACGGUGGGCUCCCCCAAGAACUUUCGCCUGACUGUGGAGCAGCUGGAUGCCCUGUGGGAGUGGCUGGCACACGAUCCCGAGUGCGCCGAUUGUUACUUUUCGUGGCUGCAGGCCCAAACGAAAGGCGGAGAUCAGCAUGCGCUCGGCAUCGAGGAACUGCAGCACUUGUACUUGAAGAAGCUGCCAGAGCUGCGGCCCGAGGAGUUCUCCAUGGUGGCUUUGGGUCUGUUCCAGCAGCUGUGCAGCUACGCGCGCAUCGCCAUGGCCGAGUACGACAAGCACAACGAUCAGAACCCGUCCACGGCCAGUGCCGUCGGCAUGUAUCACCUGUGGAAGAUUGCACUGCGGGCGCAAAGCAACGAGGUCUCGUUGGCGGCCAUCCAGUACAUCAACAUGUACUACAUGGGCCAGCAGCUACGCCUCGAGAAGGAGUUUGUCUCCCAGUGCAUGGAGAAUCUGGUGCAGGCGGCCACAGCGCUCGAAAGCAUUGAGGAUGAGAACGCUCUGAUGAGGGUGCAGCGUGGACUGCUGCUGUUGAACACCCACCUGGACACGUUCCGGCGGCGCUAUGCCUUCCAUCUGCGACGUUGGGCCAUCGAGGGCAAGGGCAUUGCCUCGCACAGCAACCUGAAGAACGAAGGUGCCGGGGCGCCACUGCGGAUACUGCUGCAGCAGGCGGGGCUCUCGGAGAAGAGCUCGCUGCAGAUGCAUGCCUGCGAUCUGAUUGCGGACCUCAAGGCCGAGGUCUCCAAGUGGUGGGAGAGCCUGCAGACGGGCAUGGCAGCCCCAGUGCUCGGCCUGCUGCUCAGCGAUGGGCCACUGAGGAUCAUUACCCAGGGCCAGGAGCUCACGUCGGACUACGAUGAGCGGAGCCUGGGCGAUGCCGGCUUCAAGGAUAAUCAGAUUGUCUACGUGUCCCUGGGCGGGCGAGGCGCCCGCCGAAAGGAGAGCAACCUAGAGCAUCCGUCGAUGCUGCCGCCGCCGCCCAAGGAAUGCCUGCCCACCGUCCUGCUGCUGCAGCCAAAGUACUUUGAGAAGCUCUUCUGCCUGAUGCAAACCCUAGGCGACAUGAAACCCCAGGCCUCGGCGGUGAAUCUGCAGCACCACACCAAGGCGCAGUUGCUCUCCCGCCGCGUCUGGGAUAUACUGGCCAUGCUGCCCACCAACCCACAGAUUCUCGAUGCCUUCAAGAGCCUGGUGACGGACCUAAGCGAGCUGGAGCAGCUCGAUGCGGCCGCCUUGGAGGACAAGGAUAAGGAGGAGCAGCUGGCAAACAAACGCAAACAGAUCAAGCAGAAGUUUCGCGACCUGCUGGACCCCAACAAUCUGCAAAAGUUCAUGUACUCACUGCACAUCGUGGAGAGCCUGGCCCUGAGCAGUGUGCGGCGCGAGGCGAACGGCAAUCUCGAGCUGUUGCGCGGCAAAAAGUCAUCAUCAUCGAUGGGCAGGCGAAGGAACAGCAAUGAGCCGCCACUGCCGCCGCCUGAGCUCAGCUCCAAGCAACAGCAGCAGCAGCAGCAGAUCUGUGAGCUGCUGGAAGAUUCCCAUUCCCUGACGCCCACGCCAGUGGGUGGUGGCCAGCAAUCGGACACUGAGGCCAGUGGCAGCAGUGGCGGGGACAAAGAGAACCAGCCCAGCAGCAGCAGCACCUCCACCAAGCAGCAGCACUGCAAGCGGCAAAAGAAAAGCGAAAGCCUGGAACGACCCGUCGGCUGUGCCACUCCACCGUCGCCCAUACCCCCACCACCCCCCUUGACGGCCAUGGCUCAGGCACAGGCUCAGGCCAUUCCGACAGCGCCCGCUCCCCUGGUGCUGGGCGACAACAAGUGGAGCGAGGCGUUCGUCAAGUGCGGUGGACUGCGGCAUCUCUACGAGAUCUUCAUUGCCGGCCAGCUGCAGCAGAGCUCCUAUCCGAAGGAGGUGGCAUUGAACGAGUGGCGCCACGACUGCCUGGCCAGCCUACUGCGCAUCCUCUGGCUGCUGGGCUUCGAGGAGCUGCAUUCCCCGGACAUCCAUGUGCUGCUGUCGCGCCCGCAUCCGUUCAUGCUGCAGCUGAUGGAGGUGCCGCAGUGUCUGCGCCGCCUCUCGAGCAUCCUCAACGAUGAGGUGUACCAGAAUGUCUCCCCCAACUCCCUGGUGUUCCCCUACCAGUUCCACCAGCUGCGCACGGGCUUCUGGGGCCGGGCACAGCUCGUCCAGUUCACCAUGAACAUUCUCGUGAGCUUCAUCCACGCCUCGGGAGAGGCACGACGCGUUCUGUGGUCGCAGGGCGAUCCCGGCAUGUGGCUGCAAAAGUUCAUACUGGAGGAUCCCGAACCGUCGGUGCGUCGCGAGAUCUGUGCGGGGCUGUAUCGCAUCUGCUUGGGUCAUGCGCAGAGCUACCGCCUGCUGUUGGCCCCGCUGCUGCACAAGCUGAUCACCCUGCUGCCGAUGGCCGAGCAGAUGAGCGCCUCCACGCAGCACACGCAGUUCCUGCUCUCGGAGGAGGGCAAGGAGCCGUACGGGCCCGCUUGCAGGGACUACUUCUGGCUACUGGCGCGCCUCGUGGACACUCUGUCGUCGGAGAUUGGCGCCGAGGAGCACAUCGACAUUGAGAUGCUGUGCGAGAGCAUUUCGCAGAGCAUCCUUACCCGCGAAUAUUACGAGCUGAGGCAGGGCUUCCAGGACGACGCCAUGGUGGGUCUGCUCAACCUCAUGUCGAAUCUGAUCAAGCACGACACCCGCUUCAAGUACAAGCCCAAGAUUCUGGUCUUCAUGGACCAGCUGCUGGGCUUCCUCUUCGACAUGCCCUCGCCGUCGGAUCGCCACAAGCCCAAAUGCAAGUCGCCGACGUCGCGUGCGGCCGCCUUCGAUCUGCUGACGGAGCUGACCCGCGGCUGUGCCACCAACUUUACCUAUCUGCAUGGCCGACUGAUGGCCCAGCACAAGUCGGGGCCAAAGCCCCCGUAUCCGUGGGAUUACUGGCCCCGCGACGAGGGCAGGGCCGACUGCGGCUAUGUGGGUUUGACCAAUCUGGGAGCCACCUGCUACAUGGCCUCCUGCAUCCAGCACUUGUACAUGAUGCCCCAGGCCAGGGCAGCAGUGCUGCGAGUGCCGCCCGCAGGAGCCCAGAAGCAUGCGCCCACACUCCUCGAGCUGCAGCGGAUGUUCGCGUACCUGCUGGAGUCGGAGCGGAAGGCCUACAAUCCGAGAAACUUCUGCAAGGUGUACCAGAUGGACCACCAGCCGCUGAACACUGGGGAGCAAAAGGACAUGGCCGAGUUCUUCAUCGAUCUGGUGUCCAAGCUGGAGGAGAUGACGCCCGAUCUGAAGCAUCUAGUGAAGCGGCUCUUCUGCGGCACGCUCAGCAACAAUGUGGUCUCCCUGGACUGCGGCCAUGUCUCCCGCACAGCCGAGGAGUUCUACACGGUGCGCUGCCAAGUGGCGGAUAUGCGCAAUCUGCAAGAGUCCCUGGACGAGGUCACCGUCAAGGACACGCUCGAGGGCGACAACAUGUACACCUGCUCGCAGUGCGGCAAGAAAGUGCGGGCCGAGAAGCGGGCCUGCUUCAAGAAGCUGCCACAGAUCCUGUGCUUCAACACGAUGCGGUACACGUUCAACAUGGUGACGAUGCUCAAGGAGAAGGUGAACACCCACUUCUCGUUCCCGCUGCGCCUGAAUAUGCGCCACUAUGUGGAGAAGACCCUCAUGCCGCAGCAGUACAAGGAGGAGCGCGAGAAGCGGCAGCGAGAGCGGGAGCGGGAGAAUGAGGCGGGAUCGGGCGCUGGUGGGGAUGAGAACGAAAAGGCUGAGGCAACGCUGGAUGCGGACAUUGAGGAGUGCUAUGAGUACGAAUUGGUGGGCGUUACUGUCCAUACGGGCACCGCGGAUGGCGGCCACUAUUACAGCUUCAUCAAGGAGCGAACGAAGAACAACUUUCAUCCGCUCGAGCGGUGGUUCCUCUUCAACGAUGCAGAGGUCAAGCCCUUUGAUCCCUCGCAAAUUGCAGCCGAAUGCUUUGGCGGCGAAAUGACGAGCAAAACCUACGAUUCGGUGACAGAAAAGUAUCUGGACUUUAGCUUUGAGAAGACCAACUCCGCCUACAUGUUGUUCUACGAGCGACGGCUGCCGGAGCAUCUGCAGCGUCGGCAUUCCGAGCUGUUGGUCACGCCCACGCCCAGUCCCGCUGUCGAGGAGAAGCCAGAGGUGGGCAUGACCAGUGCCCAGGAGGAUGAGGAGGUGGAAGUGGAGGAGACACCGAAGGUGGAAAAAGAGGAAAAGGAGAUUGAGAGCGACAGGAGAAAGGUGGAGCCAGUAGAUAAAAUUGAGGAGAAGGUGCAGACUGACAGAACGGAGGAGCAGGAGAAGGAGCAGCAACAGCAGGAUGGGGAUGGGGAUGGGGAUGGGGAGGGGAGGCAUCUAACAGCCAAUUGUGAUAAUUCUAAGCCAAGCAACAGCAACAGCAGCAGCAGCAGCAUUAGCGAACAGCAGCAGCAACAGCAACCUUCCACCUCUAAGGCAUCUUCGUCCUUCAAGCUGCAGCUACUUCGUCCCUUGCUGAACAAAGAGCUCGAGGAUUGGAUAUGGCAGGACAAUCGGCAAUUCCUGCAGGAACGAAACAUCUUCGAUCACACAUAUUUCAACUUCAUGUGGCAGCUGUGCAGCAACAUACCACAGACAUUGAUCUCCGAAACGGACUUCACCUGCAUGGCUGCACAGCUGUCGGUGUCGUUUUUUAUCGAGACCUUCAUUCAUGCCAAGGAGAAGGUACUAAAAACAAUUUAUUUUGGAUCUAGUCAGUCAUUAGUACAAUGUCUUUUGUGGUCUCUUCCCCUGGAGAAGCCAACUAUGGUGCCCUGGGUGGAACUGCUGACCAAGGAGUUCAUUGCAAGCCAUGAGGCUUGCGAGUGGUUCCUAUCCCAGAUGGCCCUGGAGCCCUUCUGGCCCGUCCAGGUGCUCAUCCAGUGCCCCAAUCAAAUGGUGCGACAAAUGUUCCAACGGCUAGUCAUCCAUGUUAUCCAGCAGCUGAGGGCCUCCCAUGCAGAUCUGUUUCUGGAUGUGGAGACAGAUGACGACGGCAAAGAGCUGAUUGGCCAGGCCUCGUGCGUGACGCGCUUCAUUGGCUCCCUCAUAUCGCUGCUGGAGCAUGGGGCUCGCUCGCAUCUCCGACAUCUGUCCGAGUACUUUAGCCUGCUGUGCGAAUUCUCGCGCAUGGGCGACGAGGAGGCCAUGUUCCUUUUGCGCAUCGGAGUGCUCAAGAGUCUGGUGGACUUCUAUCUCGGCAACAAGCAGGCGACGGACAGCAUCGAAAUAAGCUCGGACAACGAGGACAACUCCUCCGAUGAGGCCCUGUCGGUGGAGAAGAUGCGACCCGCCUCGCUGGACAAGAUGAUAGCGCUCUGUGCGAGUCUCGUGGAGAGAUCGCGGGGCGCCGAUUUCCGUCUAAGGCUCUCCCCUAAAGACUUCAACGCCAUAGCCGGCGGCAAGGGUUUUCCAUUUUUGUACCAACAAAUAAAGGAUGGCAUCAAUCCGCACCAGACCAAGCAUUUAAUCCAUGCUCUCUGCCGCUGGGACGAUCGCCUGGCCACCCAGAUCGUCAGCAUGCUCUUCGCCUCGGUCACCAAGCACACGGAUCUCUGUGCCCCCUUCUUCAAGCUGCUCACGCUGCUCACAGAGACCCAGGGCGGUCCUGUGGGUCUGCCCUGCUUCACGCAACUCAUUCUGCCACGCAUGUGGGACGCAGCCGAAUACUGCCCGCAGUCCGUGCUCGACUGGCUGUCCCUUCAGGCCACCAAAAAUAAGAUAGCCCACGCCUGGAUACUCCAGUCCGCAGAGCAGUGGCUGGAGCAGUUCCUACUGGCCCACGACAACACACGCGUGAGGAAUGCUGCCGCUUUCCUGCUGGUGGCUCUGGUACCCUCGCAGCCCUUCCGCGCCAACUUUCGGGCACACUCGCAGCACAAACUGCUGGCCCUCAAUCCGCACAGCUAUCGCGACAUCAACAGCGAGGCCCAGGUGGUGCUGCAUCAGGUGAUUACAUUGCUGUUGCGUCUGUUGCGGCCGGCACGCGUCUAUGCGGAAAUCGCCUCCCAUGGCACCACCAAGCUGACCGCCUACUUUAAUCUCCUCAGCUACUGUAUGGUUUCAAAGACUGAAAAACUAAUGAUAGGUUCGUUCAUGCGCUCCCUGUGGGAGCUGUUUCAUCCGCGUCUCUCGGAGCCGAGUGUGCCCGCCCAUCACAACAAGCACGCGCUGCUCACCUUCUGGCACCACUCGCUGGUGGACUGUCCCGAGAAUGCUGCCCAAGUGGCCAGCUGCCCGGAGAUAACGCGCAACAUAGCAUUUAAUUAUAUAUUGGCCGAUCAUGAUGACGCCGAAAUCGUCACCUAUAACCGGUCCAUGCUGCCCGCCUACUACGGCCUGCUGCGGCUGUGCUGCGAGCAGAGUCGUGCCCUCACCCGCCAGCUGGCCCAGCACCAGAAUCUGCAGUGGGCCUUCAAGAACAUCACGCCACAUCCCACCCAGUAUGCGGCCGCCGUGGAUGAGCUGUUCAAGCUGAUGACUCUGUUUGCCACACGGCAUCCAGAUGCCGGCGAGCAGGAGAAGCUGGAUGUCAUACAGUUCAGGCGGACCAUCAUCAUGUCCUACAUGAGCAGCCUGGAUGCACGCGUCUCCUGGUCCACGCUGAUCAGUGCUUUAAAGACAUUGGUGGACAACGAGGACGAUCGCAUGCUGGUGAUCUUCAAUGGCGGCAUUGAGAUGUGCUUUGAGGCUUUGCACACGCUACAUUCCAUGCACCACGAGGCCACGGCCUGCCAUGUGGCCGGGGAUCUGUUCGAUCUGCUCGGUGAGAUGCUCCAGCUGCUGGGCACCCUGCGCACACGGACGGACAGUCCCGCCCAGAAGAAGCAACAGCAGCAGCAGCAACAACUGGAGCAGCAGCUUCAACUGCAGCAGCAGCAACUGCUGCAGAAGCAGCAGCAGCAGACACAGAGCACCCAAGCACCGCAGACACCGCAGCAGAAGGAGAAGCAGCUGCAGCAACAGAUGCAGCAGCAUCUGCAACUCCAGCAGCUGCAGCAGAUGCAGUUCCAGCAGCAGCAUUUCCUGCGCCAGCAGCACCAGCACUCGGCCCUGGCCAAGGCACUGCCGGAUGCGGUUAAGCGGCUGGCCACGCUGCUGAACACCUUCAAUUCGCCGGAGAUCAGCCGCGCGGCUCUGGAGGUGCUCAAGGAGCUGGUGCGGAACACCAGUCUGGAGGCCACCAAUAUACUGGCACCCAUUCUGAUCAACUGCCAUUUGUCCGUUGCCAAUGCGCCGAAUGCCAUUGGACCCCUGGGUCCGUUCUUUCCACGUCGCGGGGCCAAGCACACGCCCUGGCCGCUGGGUGCCAAGAACUCGCCACGUCCGCCCCGGCCCAUGGUUCAGAUGUGCAUUGCUCUGUCGGAGUUGACGCAGCGUGGUCUGGAUGCGGAGUACGAUGCCCAUGUGGAGGGCUUCUACAGGCCCUACCACGACUUCAUCGACGUGAUGAUGCGGAUGUGUGUCAACACGGGCUCCCUCAACGACACCCUGGUCAAGCUGCACUGCCUGGUGGCCAUCGAAUCGACGCCGCUGCAUUUCAACUACUUUCCCAAAUUCUGGGUGGGCAUACACAACAAUGCCCUGACACACAAGUACACGGAGCUGCUGGUCAAGAAUCAACUGCUGGUGGAAUAUCUGCACAAUGUGCUCCGGGACGAGCGCAGCAUGCUGAAGGAUGCGUGUGUGCGCGAGUUCCUGGAGCUCUACUACCAUCGGGUGGCAGCCCAGCUGCCAGUGGCGCGCAUGAUCUACACGAUCAACUAUGGCAUGCACUCGAAGGAUGACAUCGAUGAGCUGUGCGGCGAUCUAUUUGCCAUACGGAUCAUUGCCCAGGCCACGGGCGUGCCGACCACCGUGCGAAAGGAGUUGCGUGGCUCCCUCAGGGCGCUCCAGAACAAGACCGAACGCUUCAGGAUAGAGGCAGAACGGGACGACUUUCCCAACAAGAAGCAGAAGCGAGACUCGUACAAGGAGAAGGAUAAAGAGCAGGCGGCGCAGUCUGACACGGAUAACUCCUCGGCCACAGAUCCCAGCAAAGCCACAGAUGUCUCCAUGGAGGUUGUUGCCACCAAGACCAACAGCAUCACCAGCGACCCAGUUAUGGACACAACUGCCAAACCACCGACACCUGCGGGCAGCGAGGAUGAACAAAUGGAGAGCACUUCGCCGGAGAAGAUGGAGAAAGCCGGAUCGACCCCAUCGUCCGACGAUGAAACCGAGCUUGAGGAUGAGCUGGAGCCCACGCCCAAACGCAACAAGAAGUCCAGCAACAAGAAAACCGCACAGGAUCGAUUGAACGAGGAGCGCGAGAAGCAUCUGAUCACGCUCAUCACCAUGGAGUCGUACAUCCAAAACAUUUUCUCCAUCUUGAAGCGCGACUCGAAGCAAAUCGAAGAGGCAGCAGCAGCCUCAGAGGCCUCCACAUCGGCAGCGGCGGCGGCCAAGGCCAGACCCAAGGGGGCACACACCCCGCCAGAGCCGUCUGUGCCAGAAGCGUCCAUGGAAACGGAGACAUCAUUCUGUGCACGAACAGAGGCUGAAAAGCGACCGCAUUCCCCAAUGGCCGGUAAGCCCAAUGGCAGUCAGCCUAUGGCCGCCGAUUCCCUGCCAAGCUUUAUGGAGGCUGCACUGGCCACGCCCACCACUCCCGCUGUUGCCUCCACAUCCCAGGCGGCGAGUCCAACACAAAUGUAGUUGUCGUUCAACGAUUUGAUCAGCAUUUUAUUUUUCGGCAAGCCCCUGGACUGAUGAUGGGCAAACGGGGAUGAUGGGAUUGGGGCUGGUGGGGCUGGUCCUUAACUUGUAAGAAUUUCGUGGCCAAAGGUCAAUGUUAGAUACGGAUACGAAUACGAAUACAGAUACAGAUACGGAUACGGAUACAGAUAAAUGUAAGCAACCCAAGGUUGGUGCUAGUGGUUGAUGUUGACUUGUGAACUCCAAUCUACUCCACACACAUAC